CACGAAUGUACCAAGGAUAGCAUAGAAAAUGAAUUACACGUAGAGAACUUCUUACCCUCUGCUCUCAUAUUUUGGACCUUUAUUAUUGAUUCACCCGGUUGUACAUAUACUCGCGCACUGACUGGGCAACCCCCCUUGCAUCAUGGUGCAGUGCCACUUCCUACCUAACCCCACCUUGAUUCGAACAACCAUCAACGUUAACCAUCAACCAAUAUGUCCGAGAACUUUGAUUUAGAUAAAGACCUUGAGGUAUCAGGCAUUGUCGUUGCGGGGCACAUCGGUGAAAAACUCGUUUCGGAUGUUCAGCAGGAGUUGGAGAAGAAACGGGAUACUAUACAACAACGGAGCCGACAGAUUCAGUUACACUGGAACGCCGAAUGCGAUGCUGUGAUGUUCUAUUUUGACAUUGUAAUCAAGCCGUCCAUCGCAAUUCUAGAAGACAGGCCGUGCUUGAACCGAUGGUUCGUUCAAUAUCAUGAUCGCCCGAAGGGAACGUCGAUUUACAAGCCCCGAGUCGAGAAAGGCACUUACAACGUCCUGAUCGUAAUUGAACCGGGGGCUGGCUUUCCCCGGUUCUAUGAGGGCUCGCAUGUCGAGAGCGAGAAUGAGAUGAUGGUACCCGCCGUUAGUACCUAUGCUGUGGAGGUCCCUCAGCAAAAAGGAGCGGUUGUUGUAUUUGAUGCAACGCUAGGGCGUCGAGAUUCUGCAGUGGAGGGUAUUGGAGCGUCCUGCAUCAUGUUGGUAUAUUGAGCCAUGCCAACUGCGGUCGCAGAAUAGAAAACUAUUUUCUGAAACAUACUGUAUUUACAUUCAUAUACCUAC